UGUCUUUUUGCUAGAUGUCAAAUCGCAAAAUAAUUAUGGUUAUUGGUUAUCAAAGGAAAACAUUCCUCAGCACAGACGAAAAUUACUAAUUUUAUAUAUAUUUACCGGAAGGUCUCGAUGGAUAACUAUUAUAAGGGUAAAAAUGUCGAAGAGGAAUUGGAGCGAUCCAAAAUACCAAUUAAGGGUAUUCCAGAAAACUUUCUAUGGAUGCAGGUGAAGGGCGGCAGCAAGAUGCAGAAUUUGAUAGCACACGCAUCUGGUAUUCUUGAAGAUAAAGCAGCUACAGUGGUUGUAUGGACUGGAGUCGGGGUAGCUAUUGCUAAAGCCAUUUCGUGUGCUGAGAUCAUUAAGCGCCAAUUUUCAAUUCCCCAUCAGAUAACGAAACUUGCAUAUAAAAGUGUUGAAGAAUAUUGGGAGCCAAAAGUUGAUGGUCUCGAAACUAUUGUGGUGAAAAGACAAAUACCAGUUAUACAUAUACUUUUGUCAAUGGAAGAGCUAGUUGAUGUUAAUCAACUUGGCUAUCAAAGUGCAGUUGGUAAGAAAUUUUGGGAGAAAGAAGCUCAUACUUCCAAACCCCAACAACAAUCAAAUUAUAAAUCCAAAAAGCCUUUCAAACAUAAAAAAUCUGAAAUUAAUGCCUGAAUUAAAAAUGCCUUAUUGUUAAACUACUUAUUUUUACAAAGAAAUUAAUAAGACUAUUUUACUAAUUAUAAA